AUGGAGCUGGCUUGGCAUUUAGUCUCUAUUGUUCUCCUAAGUUUUUCUUGCUGGGGAUUAGACUGGGAAUCUGAUAGAAACUUCAUUUUAGCUGCUGGUCCUCUAACCACUGACUUGCUAUACGACCUGAGGGGUCCACUGGGACACCAGGAUUCUCACCUUGGAGCAGGAGACAAAGGUAUUUAUGUGUGUCGCCAGCCACUGCCUGCUUUCUUGCCAGAGUAUUUUAGCAGUGUUCGUGCCAGUAUGAUCACCCACUAUAAGGUAUUUCUACCUUGGGCACAACUUCUCCCAGAAGGAAGCUCCAAGAACCCAGACAAGGGAAUGGUGCAGUGCUACCGGCAACUCCUUGAGGCCCUUGAGACUGCUCAACUUCAGCCCCUGGUGGUCCUGCACCACCAGACCCUCCCUGCCAGCACCGUCCAGAGAAGUGAGGCCUUUGCUGAUCUCUUUGCUGACUAUGCCUCCUUCGUCUUCCACUCUUUUGGGGACCUAGUUAAGAUCUGGUUCACUUUUAGUGACUUGGAGGAGGUGAUAACAGAACUUCCCCACCAGGAAUCAAGAGCAUCACAUCUCCAGAUCCUCGCUGAGGCCCAUAGAAAAGCCUAUGAAAUUUACCAUGAAAAAUAUUCUUCUCAAGGAGGAAAGCUCUCUGUGGUUCUACGAGCUGAAGCAGUCUCCCAGCUCCUGCCAGAACCAUCCACGUCUGUCCUUGCCAAGGAUGCAGUCGACUUCCUCUCUCUUGAUUUGUCUUCUGAAUGUCAAGAAAGUGAGACAAGUUUACCACAGAAGCUGAGAAAAUUGCAGACCAUUGAGCCAAAUGUGAAACUUUUCAUCUUCAAUCUGAAACUCCAGGACUGCCUCUCCACCAGGAAGAACCCAGCCGAUGUGCUCUUCAGCCUUCUCAAAGCCCUAAAUGAAGACCAAGUGUUCACCAUUGGGUUUGAUAUUAAUACAUUCCUGAGCUGUUCUUCAAGUUCCAAGAAAAGCAGGUCUUGUUCUCUGACUGACAACCUGACGCUUCAGGCUGCCCUGCAGCUGGACCCGGAGACAGCAGUAGGACUACCCCACCGCCUCCCCGCUCGGCUUAUCAGGCCGUCUGGGGAGACGUUUGCCAACCAGUCCAGGGCAGAACGGGAUGCUCUCCUGCAGGGUGUUUUUCCCGAAGGCUUCCUCUGGGGCGUCUCCACAGGAGCCUUUAACGUGGAAGGAGGCUGGGCUGAGGACGGAAGAGGGGCAAGCGUCUGGGACAGACUCGGGCACCAGGACACCGCCAAAGGCCAAGCGACGCCGGAGGUGGCCAGUGACAGUUACCACAAGGUGGACACUGACGUGGCCCUGCUUCGUUGCCUCCGGGCCCAGUUGUACAAGUUCUCCAUCUUGUCCCGCAUCUUCCCCUCUGGGCAGGGGCACAGCCCCAACCUCCAGGGCGUCGCCUACUACAACAAGCUCAUCGACAGCCUGCUGGACUCCCACAUCGAGCCGAUGGCCACCCUGUUCCACUGGGACGUGCCUCAGUCCCUGCAGAUCGUGGGGGGUGGCAGAAAUGAGAGUGUGGUGGAUGCCUUCCUGGACUACGCGGCCUUCUGCUUCUCUGCUUUUGGGGACCGUGUGAAGAUGUGGGUGACCUUCCACGAGCCGUGGGUGAUGAGCUAUGCAGGCUACGGCACCGGUCAACAUGCGCCAGGCAUCUCUGACCCAGGGGUGGCCUCUUUUAAGGUGGCUCACUUGGUCCUCAAGGCUCACGCCAGGGCUUGGCACCACUACAACAGCCACCAUCGCCCAAGGCAGCAGGGGCGUGUAGGCAUUGUGCUGAACUCUGACUGGGCAGAACCCCUGUCCCCAGAGAGGCCCGAGGACCUGAGAGCAUCUGAACGCUUCCUGCACUUCAUGCUGGGCUGGUUUGCACACCCCAUCUUUGUGGAUGGAGACUACCCAGCCACCCUGAGGGCCCAGGUCCAACAGGUGAACAAGGGCUGCCCCAGUCCCGUGGCCCAGCUCCCUGAGUUCACCGAGGUGGAGAAGCAGCUCCUGAAAGGCUCUGCCGACUUUCUAGGCCUGUCCCAUUACACUUCCCGCCUCAUCAGCAAGGCCCAACAAGACACCUGCAUCCCCAGCUAUGAUACCAUCGGAGGCUUCUCCCAACACGUGGACCCCACGUGGCCCCAGACCGCGUCCCCUUGGAUCCGUGUGGUGCCCUGGGGUAUAAGGAGGCUGUUGCGGUUUGUAUCCUUGGAAUACACAAGAGGAAAAGUUCCAAUCUACCUGGCUGGAAAUGGCAUGCCCAUAGGGGAAGGUGAAGAUCUCCUCCAUGAUUCUUCGAGAGUCACCUACUUCAACCAAUAUAUCAAUGAGGUGCUCAAGGCUGUCAAGGAGGACUCCGUGGAUGUUCGAUCUUACAUUGCUCGUUCUCUCCUCGAUGGCUUCGAAGGCCCCUCUGGGUACAGCCAGAGGUUUGGGCUGUAUCACGUCAACUUCAACGACAGCAGCAGGUCAAGGACUCCCAGGAAAUCUGCCUACUUUCUCACCAGCAUGAUUGAAAAGAACAGUCUCCUCAGCAAGGCAGUCAAAGAACAGCCACCACCCAGUAGAGCAGACAUCCCCCAGAAAAUCAGAGCCUUCGCUUUUCCAUCCGAGGUGCCCUCCAAGGCUAAAGUAGUUUGGGAAAAGUUCUCCAACCAGCCCAAGUUUGAGAGGGAUUUGUUCUACCAUGGCACGUUCCGGGAUGACUUUCUGUGGGGCGUGUCCUCAUCAGCCUAUCAGAUUGAAGGAGCUUGGGAUGCUGACGGCAAAGGCCCCAGCAUCUGGGAUAACUUUACCCACACCCCAGGGAGCAAUGUGAAAGACAAUGCCACUGGAGACGUAGCCUGCGACAGCUAUAACCAACUGGAUGCCGACCUGAAUAUGCUUCGAGCUUUGAAGGUGAAGGCCUAUCGCUUCUCCAUCUCCUGGUCUCGGGUUUUCCCAACCGGGAGAAACAGUUCCAUCAACACACGUGGGGUCGAUUAUUACAACAGGCUGAUCGACGGCUUGGUGGCAAACAACAUCUCUCCCAUGGUGACACUCUUCCACUGGGACCUGCCCCAGGCCCUCCAGGAUAUUGGAGGCUGGGAGAAUCCUGCCUUGAUUGAGUUGUUUAACAGCUAUGCAGACUUUUGUUUCCAGACCUUUGGUGACAGAGUCAAGUUCUGGAUGACUUUUAACGAGCCCACGUAUCAGGCGUGGUUGGGGUAUGGCUCAGGGGAUUUCCCCCCAAACGUGAAGGACCCAGGCUGGGGACCUUACAGGAUUGGCCAUGCAAUCCUCAAAGCUCAUGCCACGGUCUAUCACACGUACGAUGAGAAAUACAGGCAAGAGCAGAAGGGGGUCAUCUCUUUGAGCCUCAGUACACACUGGGCAGAGCCCCAGUCGCCAGGGGUGCCCAGGGAUGUGGAGGCAGCUGACCGGAUGCUGCAGUUCUCACUGGGCUGGUUCGCCCACCCCAUUUUCCGCAACGGAGACUAUCCCGACGCCAUGAAGUGGAAAGUGGGCAACAGGAGUGAGCUACAGCACUUAGCCACAUCCCGCCUGCCCAGCUUCACUGAGCAAGAGAAGGCCUACAUCAGGGCCACGGCCGACGUCUUCUGCCUCAACACUUACUCCUCCAGAAUCGUGCAGCAUGCAACACCCAGGUUAAACCCGCCCUCCUACGAAGACGACCAGGAGCUGACGGAGAAGGAAGAUCCUUCCUGGCCUUCGACAGCAGUGAACAGAGCUGCAUCUUGGGGGAUGCGAAGACUGCUCAACUGGAUCAAGGAAGAGUAUGGUGACAUCCCCAUUUACAUCACGGAAAACGGAGUGGGGCUGACAGAUCCGGGAGUGGAAGACACCGAUAGGAUAUUUUACCACAAAACCUAUAUCAACGAAGCUUUGAAAGCCUACAGGCUCGAUGGUGUCGACCUUCGAGGCUAUGCAGCAUGGUCUCUGAUGGACAACUUUGAGUGGCUGAACGGAUACACAGUCAAGUUUGGACUGUACCAUGUUGAUUUCAAUAAUGUGAACAGACCUCGCACUGCAAGAGCCUCCACCAGGUACUACACAGAGGUCAUCACCAACAAUGGCAUGCCCCUGCCCGGGGAGGAUGAGUUUCUGUAUGGCCAGUUUCCCGAGGGCUUCAUCUGGAGUGCGGCUACUGCUUCAUAUCAGAUCGAAGGUGCAUGGAGAGCAGAUGGCAAAGGACUCAGUAUUUGGGACACAUUUUCUCACACACCACUGAGGAUUGGGAAUGAUGACACUGGAGAUGUGGCCUGUGACAGUUAUCACAAGAUUGCUGAGGAUGUAGUUGCCCUGCAGAACCUGGGUGUGUCCCACUAUCGCUUUUCCAUCUCUUGGACUCGCAUCCUCCCUGACGGAACCACCAAGUACAUCAAUGAAGCAGGCCUGAACUACUAUGUGCAGCUCAUUGAUGCCCUGCUGGCUGCCAACAUCCAGCCCCAGGUGACCAUUUACCACUGGGACCUGCCCCAGGCACUUCAGGAUGUUGGAGGCUGGGAGAAUGAGACCAUUGUGCAAUGGUUUAAGGAGUAUGCAGAUGUACUUUUCCAGAGGCUAGGGGACAAGGUGAAGUUUUGGAUCACACUGAAUGAGCCCUUUGUUGUGGCUCAGCAAGGCUAUGGCUAUGGAGUAUCAGCUCCAGGAAUCUCCUUUAGGCCUGGCACUGCCCCCUACAUUGUUGGCCACAACCUAAUAAAGGCUCAUGCUGAGGCCUGGCAUCUGUACAAUGAUGUGUACCGCGCCAGUCAAGGUGGAGUGAUUUCUAUCACCAUCAGCAGCAACUGGGCUGAGCCUAGAGACCCUUCCAACCAGGAGGAUGUGGAGGCAGCCAGGAGAUACGUUCAGUUUAUGGGAGGAUGGUUCUCGAAUCCUAUUUUCAAGAAUGGAGAUUACCCCGAGGUGAUGAAGACACGGAUCCGGGACAGGAGCUUGGCCGCAGGCCUCAACAAGUCUCGGCUGCCCGAGUUCACAGAGAGUGAGAAGAGGAGGAUCAAUGGCACCUAUGACUUUUUUGGGUUCAAUCACUACACCACUGUCCUGGCCUACAAUUUCAACUAUGCCACAUGGCUCUCCUCCUUUGAUGCGGACAGGGGAGUGGCCUCAAUUACAGAUCGAUCUUGGCCAGACUCUGGCUCCUUCUGGCUGAAGAUGACACCUUUUGGCUUCCGGAGGAUCCUGAACUGGUUAAAGGAGGAGUACAACAACCCCCCGAUUUAUGUAACGGAGAACGGGGUGUCCCAACGAGAAGAAUCAGACCUCAAUGACACUGCAAGGAUCUACUAUCUCCGCAGUUACCUCAACGAGGCACUCAAAGCUGUGCAAGACAAGGUGGACCUUCGAGGAUACACGGUUUGGGCUCUGAUGGACAACUUUGAGUGGGCCACAGGCUUUGCAGAGAGGUUUGGUCUGCAUUUUGUAAACUACACUGACACUUCUCUGCCAAGGAUCCCCAAAGCCUCGGCCAAGUUCUACGCUUCCAUAGUCCGGUGCAACGGCUUCCCUGACCCUGCGGCAGGGCCACACCCUUGUCUCCAGCAAGAAGGUGCUGAGCCCACCAUCAGCCCCAUGAGCCAGGAGGACGUUCAGUUCCUGGGGCUAACACUGGGUACCACAGAGGCCCAGACGGCGCUGUAUGUACUCUUUGCUCUUCUGCUUCUUGCAGUCUGUGGUGUGGCAUUUCUGUCCUACAAGUACUGUAAGCGCUCCAAGCAAAAGAAAACACAACCAGGUGAACAGGAAUUGAACCGUAUUUCUUCAUUCUGACCCACAAGUUCCCACCUCCUCCAGCUCUGCAAAUUAGGCCUACUUUCUUGGCAAGCCUUUGCACCCCCGGGACCACUGAGGAUCUUACACUCUGCUCCUACCAGAUUGCUCUGUAAAAGCCUCUGCGCUGUUAGAAAUUAAGUGACUCUUGUUGAAGGAUUUCAAGUCCCUGAUUAAAAUGGAAAUACCCCCAUCUUGCCCCAGAAUCAGGAAUUCAUUUGGGCAUGAGAUCACCCUGCAAGUGGCUCCUGUGGGAACGUGUAGGUACUGAACUCAUCUCUUGGUUCUGUGAGCCACUUAAUUCAGCUCAAAGGAGCUGUUUUAAGUGUCCGAGAUUUUAAAGGUGAACACAUGAGUAACAACCACACCUAUC